UGUCACUUUCCAUGUCAAGCUUGGAACAGGAACUUCUCAGGAAGAUUUACAACCAAGGUCCAAGAUAAAGCAUAAAGCCAGUUGACGAUUCCACCCUUGGAAGAAGUUUCAACAUUUAUAUACUUCAAGUUCCACCCUAUAUGUGACACACACUUUGGGUUGAACAGUUUUAACAAAGCCAACUGAAGGAGAACGUAGAAAGAGCGUUUCAGGUUCUGUAUAACCACAUUUGUUUUCCUGUUAUCCAUAAGGAGAAUCCAGACUAAAGGCCUAAAAUCGUAUUUCAAGACUUGCUUUUCCUGCUAAAAGUAAUCGGAGAUGCAGUUAAGCAGCUUUUGACAGUGACACAACCUGUAACUAUCAGGAAGGUCACUGGGACUGCAUCUCAGCUGGGAACACCAAGGGAAACCAAUGUUGUCAUCCAAGAAAGAGAACUUACCCUCUCCCGUACUGGAGGAUUCUUUCUUUCCCUUCUCUUCGUCAAACUCUUCCAGUCACCGGAUCAUGGCUCCUUCAGUAGGAGCAGAUGAUCUUCUGGCUUCACCUCAGGAUGACAGCAGCCCAACACUGCUGGAAAAAGACCUGAUUCUGGCUGCAGAGGUAGGCCAAGCUUUGCUGGAGAAGAACGAGGAGCUGGCUGGCCAGCUGGAGCAGAUGGAGAGGGAAAUUGAGGCUGCGCAGCAGGAGAAGCACAUGUUGCAGAGACGUCUGGAGGUGCGGGACCUCGAGGCCAGUCAGCGGGAAGCAGAAUUACAGGCUGACAUUACAGCGUUGCGUGAGCAGCUGGAACAGAAGCACGUUCAGAGUCGAGACCGGCGUCGUGAGGAGAACGAACAACUCGUUCAGCUGUCCAAUCACAACCAGAAACUUGUGGAACAGCUGGCAGAGGCAGUUUCUGUAGAGCAUACUUUGCGCACUGAACUUCGUGCUCUGAGGGAAGAAAUGGAGGAUACGAGUUUCAGUAAAUCCAUAAGCUCUGCUAGACUGGACAGUCUGCAAGCAGAGAACAGGGUUAUGAAGGAGCGCUGUGCCCAUAUGGAUGAACGACUCAAGUCAGCUCAGGACGAAAAUGACCGCCUUAGAUCUGAGAGGGAGGGACUGAGAGAGAGGGUGUUGGAGUUGCAGACCAGCAUGAAAGAAAAAGAAAAUGAGCUGGAGCAGGAGCACAGCAUAGUGUUUCAGCUGCGCACAGCCAACCGGACCCUGCAGCAAAGGGUUGAAGCCCUUGGAGAAGAGACCAGCCCGGGCGAGGCUACCUGCUUCCCUAUGUCACUACAGAGUGAGAUCCAGCAAUCUCAGGCCAAAGAAACCAUUUUGGCCCAUUCAGCUAUUCUGCAAGAAAAAGAGGAGGAGAUUCAAAGGUUACAACAAGAGCUACAGUCCAGUGAAACAGAAUUAGAAGGGUUGAGGGAGGAGUUGAAGCCAUUUCGUAACUGUCCCGGUAAACCUACCUACAGUGCCUUGGAGGAGGAGAUUAUUUUAGCCCGGCAAGAACGAGACACCCUUAAUCAGCAGCUUUUGAACACCAUCAGACACAAGGUUGCACUAUCUCAGGAAGUCGAGUCUUGGCAGGAGGACAUGCGUCUUGUGAUAUGUCAACAAGUUCAACUCCAACAACAAGACAGGGAAAAGGAAAAGGACAAGGAACGGGCAGGUUUUCAAAGAGGCUCUCGCACCUCCAAAUCACUGCGUGUACGUGGGGAAGAUGGAAGGAAAGGGUUUUUCUCUUCGCUAUUUGGGGGAGACUGACAAUAGACUGAAAACAGUACAAUAGAGAUAGACAGUGGUGAAAAGGAAUCGUUCACCCAAAAAGGACAAAUCUGUCAUUAUUCACUCACCCUCAUGUUGUUCCAAGCCCAUAUGACUUGUUCCAAAUCAAUGAAAUUUACUCCAUUUUGGCAUUAUUGUACAUGUAUGUUUCUCAUUAUUUAUUUUCAAGAAAAUG